UAAAAUGUUUUUUGAUUUAUGUUCAUCGUUAUGUACAAAAUUUGUUCCGUUGAAUUAAGUAGGCGCUCACGGACCGCCAUAUUUGUAGUUUUUAAUCACAGUAGUGGAGGGCGGGUGUAACGUUCCGAUAAAAAGCCAGAGGCAUUCAUGAAUUACCACGACUGUCGUUUUUUUAAACGCACCUCAUUGUGUGUCGUUGGUGUUACUGGGAGCUGAGGUGCGUUCAUGUACCACCGCGAUUGUGCUUUUUGAAGGCAGCGGAGGAUGGUAAAUCCCGAUACUAAAGCUCGUUGCUAGUUCAGGUCAAGGCCGCCGUGCUGUAGACCCAUCCCCUCUUGUCAGGCAGCGGAUAGAGGCGUCCAGGUUCCCACCCCUCCGCCGACUGGUUUGACAGAAAAUACAGCGAGGGACUAAAUCAGGGAAUGGGUCCUGUCGAUUCGGACACACAGGUUUCGGAAGCGCUGCGUCGCUACGUGCUGGUUAAUGUACCACUUUAGCGUGCGCGUUCGUUUUCCACCUCCACGGGCCACGGCUACUUCCUGGUUCCACAGCGAGAGGCAGUGCUGAGUUGAGGAGACACAAAUCUUGAUAGAUAGAGGAGGGAGAGAGAGGGAGCGAGAAGAGAGAGGGGCCAGAGAUAGCAACGUUUAGCUACAUUCACGGACAUUACAAAGGCCUCCCCUCUCUCUGGUAUUUAUUUUAGUUUUUUUUUUUCAACCACAUUUCGGUCUUUCCCUUGGUUUCUCGGCUGCUCAGUCAACUACCAGGCGGAUUGGAUGACGCUCGGCUGCGGCUAAUAGCGGAAUCAUAACGGGGGACGGAUUCCUCCCUUCCCGAGAAGCCUCUCGAGAGAUUGGUUUCUUUUUUUCUUUUUUUAUGUAUUAUUAUCAAGAAAAACAAUCGACCAUUCCGUCACCAUUUUGAAAGAACACCCCGGGCGUUGCAUUUUCUUUUUGUCGGCGAAGGAAGGGCUUUUUUUCGGGGGCGACGGAAGAUGGGUUGUUUGGGCAACAGCAAGACUGAAGACCAACGCAUCGACGAGAAGGCUCAACGAGAGGCGAAUAAAAAGAUCGAGAAACAGUUGCAGAAGGAGCGACAAGCGUACAAAGCAACGCAUAGGCUCUUAUUACUCGGUGCUGGGGAGUCCGGAAAGAGCACCAUAGUGAAGCAGAUGAAGAUUCUCCACGUGAAUGGUUUCAAUGCUGAGGAAAAGAAACAGAAAAUCCAGGACAUCCGGAAAAACGUCAAGGAUGCCAUAGUGACGAUAGUGUCGGCGAUGAGCACUUUAAUACCCCCUGUCCCGCUAGCCAACCCAGAGGACCAAUUCAGGAUCGAAUACAUCGAGAGCAUAGCACCACUCUCUGACUUUGACUACUCACAGGAGUUCUUUGACCACGCGAAGAAGCUGUGGGACGACGAAGGGGUAAAGGCGUGCUUCGAGAGGUCCAACGAGUACCAACUGAUCGACUGCGCACAAUAUUUCCUCGACAGAAUCGACUCUGUAAGACAGAGCGACUACACACCAACAGACCAGGACCUGCUGCGAUGCCGAGUGUUAACUUCAGGGAUUUUUGAGACGAGAUUCCAAGUAGACAAAGUCAACUUUCACAUGUUCGAUGUUGGCGGCCAGCGGGACGAAAGGAGAAAAUGGAUCCAGUGCUUUAACGACGUCACGGCCAUCAUCUUCGUCGUGGCGAGCAGCAGCUACAACAUGGUAAUAAGGGAAGACAACAACACCAACCGGCUACGGGAAGCCCUGGAUCUCUUCCGCAGUAUUUGGAACAAUAGGUGGUUACGCACCAUCUCGGUCAUCUUGUUUCUAAACAAGCAGGACAUGCUUGCCGAGAAGGUAUUAGCUGGAAAAUCGAAAAUUGAAGACUACUUCCCCGAAUACGCUCGCUACACCAUACCAAAUGAAGCAACUCCUGAGCCCGGCGAGGACCCAAGAGUGACGAGAGCGAAGUUCUUCAUCCGAGACGAGUUUCUUCGGAUCAGCACGGCGAGCGGCGACGGUCGCCACUACUGCUACCCGCACUUCACCUGCGCUGUGGACACGGAGAACAUCCGGCGGGUGUUCAACGACUGCCGGGACAUCAUCCAGAGAAUGCACCUGCGGCAGUACGAACUCUUGUGAUGAGACCUGACGCCUUGUCUCGAGGGCCAUCAAGUACUACUGAAGUGUGUCAAAUCCUCCUCUUAUUCUUUCACAUUUUGGAUUCCUCCACGAGGAGAAUAUUAGAUUGAUUCCUUUGAUGAUUUUUUUUUUCCAAGUUUUUUUUUCUCCUCAUUCCACUAAGCUUCGGGCUACCUCCUUUUCUUUGCCCUCCUCUCUCUUUUUCGGAUACAUGAAGACACUUACAGGACCUCAGUGUAGAGUGUGUGUGAACGUGUGUGUGUGCUUGUUAGCCCCCUCCUUGCGAAUGAAGAGAUAAAUGCACUUUGCAUUAGGUUCCCCCAGCCGCUCCCCAUCUUUUUAUUUAUUUUUUUGUUUCUCAAUGAUGAUUUGGAUCACUCUCCCCCAGGAGGAACACACAAUGUAGCAUCAAUGCGAUAUUUAUUAACCCCCGUUACCACUUUUUUUUGGGAGGGGGGGGGUGGGGAGGGAUGAUUAAAACAAACGCUUUGCGGACCGAGAGAAAAGCUGAGACGGGGGUGCACGAUGACAAAAAAGUACGGCAAGCCGGAAGGAUCCCCCCUCACCCCUAAAGGAGCUGCUGCUGCUGCGUGCACUUUAGCCCCGCCGCCGCCACCACAGACUCGGACCCUCAUAACACCACACGCACACACAACACACACAACAUUCUCCUACCUGCAGGAAGGGGAGAUAAAAAUGUAUACUUUUUUUUCUUGUACACUGUGCAAGGUGGAAUUCUCCUGUACAGACUGUAAAGUGUAAUAUUAUUUUGUACAAGUUCAAUUGAAAAGAGAAGCAAAUCUACUUGUAGAUCUUUGUGCCUUGAUUAUGGCUGUACCUGUAAAAAAAAACAAGAAAAAAAAGACAAAA